AUGGUCCAUGAGAACUCACCAUCAGAUUUGAACGCAACUAUGACAUACAUACAAUUUCCACCAGAUAACACAUCUCCAUGUCCUGGAGGGAUCUCUACCGGAUUUGUUGUGGCCUUAAUAGAGGGUAUCAUACUGGUUAUCAUUGGCGCAAAUGCUGCCUUUCAAUUCUAUUCGAAGAAGCGAGUUCAAAUCUACAGUGCGUCCGGAAGAGAGGGUGAAGAGAAUCUUGGUAUUGAUAAUGAGGAGUGA